UACAAUGCCACACUGCUUAGACACCUUGGAGCGCCUAACAACUUCCUAAUAUAUGAGCUAACCAACCUUUCCAUUCUCUCCACAACAGAUACUGGGACUUCAUAGAUUGACAGUGGCCAUAUUAACUUAGGAAAUAACCCAAACUGCAAACACCACAACUUUAACUUUCCUGGGAGCCCUGACUCAUCUAUUCUAUCCAGUCCUUCAGCAACAUCUUUUCUAAAUUGCACAACUUGCUCAACAUCAUUCAAAUCCACAUUGUACCACCUACCUAGGCUAUUCAUUGACUUUUCCCUAAUUGUUGGAAUUUCCUCAUCAUCUAAGAUAAAUUUUCUAUCAUUUGACUGUACACUCAGUUUUCUGUUGUUACUUAAUGGUUUUUGGGCCCUGUGUUGUCAAGUUGCUCAUCGCCCUAUCCUCAUAAUUUCAGAAGACAUUAAACCCAUUUGUGCAAGUUUUGCAAGGUUAACAACCUGCAACUCUUUACUCACUGUUGCCUAUAAUGUUGGUGAAGUGAACUAACGUUUUUUGUUUUUUUGUGCUUUAGGUGAAGUUUUCCAAGGACAAUGGGUCUAUGAGUGCCAGCAGCAGCUCCAGAGACUCUGCUGCCCCCUCCCCUGUUCCUUCCCCAGCCCCCAGUGUGGAGAAUCUGGCCCCAGAGCCCCCAGUGCAGAUGACUGCCUCCGGUCCAGGCAGACCAGGGGAGCCACCACUUCGUGCAAAGUCAAACUCACUCAGUGAACAGUUAGCAAAUCCAGAUGCCACAAAAGCCAAGCUGAUUUCCCGCAUGGCAAAGAUGGGCCAGCCCAUGUUGCCCUUUCUGACAGGAGCAGCCAGCCAGCCUGAAUCCAGUGACUCUGAGCUCGAG